AUAGUCAAGUCAAAGAGGUGGGAAAGGAUUUGAAAGUGUGUGCCUUCCCUAUGUGCGUGAUUACAACUUUUGUAAGCAAAACAGGAAAACCGAGGAGGGACUUUUUGUGGCAGAAGGGGUUAAAUGAAACCCAACUCUCCUUUUCCUGUGCAGUAAGGAUUAGUAACCAAACAGAAGCAAGAGAAAAGAGAGGAGGGUGUUAGAUUGAAGCAGAAGGCUAGGGAUUUCGGGAUAUUCAAGUGGAGCCCCAGGGUGGCAUCCCUGCCUCACUUGGCGUUAUCUGCAGACACAGGACACAAUGACAUUUCUGUUCUUCCUGCUGAUGCUAGCAGUGAUGCCUUCUUCCACACCAGCAUUUCGGAAAGUAAAGAGGCAGAGUGAUUUUUGGGGAAGCUGGGGAGAAUGGGGUGAGUGCAGCCGAAGCUGUGGUGGAGGCGUCAGUAUUCGGGUGCGACGUUGCUAUUCGCAAAGGACAGAUGGUGGCUCCAGUUGUAUAGGACCAACCCGAAGCUAUCGCUCAUGCAACAUUCAGAAAUGUCCUGAAGGCACCAGAGAUUUUCGGGCAGAACAAUGCUCUGUGUUUGAUGGGACAGACUUCCAGGGAAAGCGAUACAAGUGGCUUCCUUAUUAUGGAGCACCCAACAAAUGUGAACUAAACUGCAUCCCAAAAGGAGAGAACUUCUACUACAGACACAAAGAAGCUGUGAUUGACGGAACCCCCUGUGAGCCUGGGAAGCAUGAUAUCUGUGUGGAGGGAGUCUGUCAAGCUGUUGGCUGUGAUAAUAUGCUGGAUUCUUCCAAGAAGGAAGACAAAUGCCUGCAGUGUGGUGGAGAUGGCCGGGCCUGUUUUGAAGUGAAGGGUCUCUUUGAUGUACCCAACCUCCCUAAAGGCUACAACCAAAUCUUUAUCAUUCCCAUGGGGGCCACAAGUAUCCAGAUUAAGGAAGCAACACCAACCAGGAACUUCUUGGCCAUCAAGAAUGUGCGAGGCGCAUAUUACUUAAAUGGACACUGGACAAUUGAAUUCAGCCGGGCCUUACAUAUCGCUAGCACAACUGUGCAUUACGACAGGGGGGUGGAGGGUGACCUGGCUCCUGAGCUUCUUCAUGCCAGAGGUCCCACUACCGAACCCUUGAUUAUUGAGCUUAUCAGCCAGGAACCGAACCAAGGGGUGCAUUAUGAAUACUACCUUCCAUUCCAAAGGCAGAUUCCUGGCUACAGAUGGGGUUAUGGUUCCUGGGGCGAAUGCAGUGCUGAGUGUGGUGGCGGUUAUCAGUCACGUCUGGUGUUUUGCACCAUUGACAAUGAAGAAUAUCCAGGCUACAUGUGCAGAGAUAAACCACAGCCGGAAAAUAACCGCACUUGCAAUCUCCAGCCAUGCCCUCAGACAAAACGGAUGUCUUACCUCUAUCUGCCGGGAGCAUGGAGCCACAGCACAGCAUGGAGCUUGCAAAGGAAGAGUUGGAAAACGGGGGUUUGGGGACCUUGCUCAGUUACCUGUGGUGGAGGCACACAGGCCCGCUCAGUUUAUUGUGUCUCCUUCAACGGACACGGUUCUCAGGAUGCUGUGGAUGAUGCUGAGUGUGCAUCGUUAACGGAGAAACCUCGGAGCACACAGCCUUGUAAUGUGAGGCAGUGUGCAACAUGGAUCACAGGGCCCUGGUCUGAGUGCUCAGCUAGCUGUGGGGAAGGUGUUCAAACCCGGACUGUAAGUUGUAGGGCAGAUCAUGGCUCCCAGAUUAUGGAUGCUGCCUGUUCGACAGAACCCAGACCUCUUCAUGCUCAGCCGUGCAUUGGGGAGAACUGUAUACAAGAGAUUGGUUGGCAUAUUGGGGACUGGGGGCUGUGCUCCAAGAGCUGUGACUCAGGCAUCCGAAGACGCCAAGUCAUCUGUGCUGAUGGCGACUCCAAAUUCUACAACCACGAAAUGUGCCAGGCCAUCCAGCCACAGAUACCAGCUAUGAUGGGAAGCUGCAACACCCAGCCCUGCCAUUUGCCACAGCAGGUUCCCAGUAUGCAAGACACUGCGGGCUACGAUGUCAAUCGUCAGGCCUUAUUGACCCGCUAUAACCCUGACUAUGGCACUACAGGUCUGGAACCAUUGGUUUCUGGACAUGAGAGAAUAAACGAAGCUGGCUCUACUCAUCACCACCAGCAGUCCAAUGAAGAUCACAGUUCCAAUUUCUUGCCCCUUCGAUGGGAGUCUCAUUCAAGCUCCUCAGUGUCCCGCCGUCACAAUUCCCAUCAAAACGUUGGGACUGAUGUUCGUGAUUGCAACCAGAGUCCUCAUGGUUGUUGUUCAGAUGGUCACACAGCUGCAGAGGGUCCUUUUGGGCAAGGCUGCCCACUUGAUGGUUGUCAUUUGAGCAGAUAUGGAUGCUGCCCUGAUGGAAUAUCACCUUCUCAGGGGCCAAACAAAGAAGGGUGUGCACAAUAUUACAGUGAUGUUUAUGUGAACAGAAAUGAGCCUGCUGUCGCUCCAACGGCCAGCCGAGUUGUGUCCCAGCAGAGGCCGGCGGAGGAGUGCCGAGCCUCGAGAUAUGGUUGCUGCCAUGACAACGUUGCCUCUGCUUCGGGGCCUCGAGGGGAAGGAUGCCUCAACCCACCCAGCCAACCUUAUCCUACCAGUUGCCUGCUACCCAGUGCCCAUGGCCCCUGUACAGACUGGACAACUCGCUGGUACUUUGUGCAUGAUGUUGGGAAAUGCAAUCGAUUCUGGUAUGGAGGCUGCCAUGGCAAUAAGAACAACUUCCCUUCUGAAGAGGAGUGCAUGAAGAUGUGCCAUGGGCCAGUGGAAGGAAGUGACCUGAGGCAUCAUCACCACCAUUCAUCAAUUUCCAGAAUUCACUCUGAUUCUCAGCAACCCGCCAGAGAAGCCACAGGUCACAGGCAUCAGGGAGGAGGUGGGGCAGCUUUCCAUGCUGGGGCUCAAGGUGGCUCAGAAACCUCCGCAGGACAACAUCACACUGAGAGAAGCUGGACAAGGACUAUGAACAUAGGUGCAGCUCCUGAGUCUCCACAAGGGACAGGAAUGCACUCAGCAAUAGAUGUGGGAAGAAGAAGAGACCCAGCCAAUCAUCUGCACGGUUUGGGGGGAACUCUAUCCUCAGGACACUCUGAGAGGUGGAUGACCAUGAAUGGUCAGACAGUCCAUCAUGAACGUGAAAGCUGGAGGAGGGAAUCUGGAGCAGAUGGCUCAGUUGUGAAUGAAUUUGAGCACCAAGCCUCACCAGCCUUGCCCUUCCAGCAGUCCCUAAACAGAGUCCUCCUAGAUGGAUCAUCAUCUACAGCAGAAGCAGGUUUAGGACAAAGCAUUCGUCUCCUCUGCAAGGCAGGCAGUUCCCAUUUCUCCAGAAUUGAAUGGCUGAAAGAUGGGAGACCAGUGUCAUCUGACAGGCACACCUACCAGUCGGACAGUUCCCUCGUGAUCAGCCAGCUCAGAGCUGAGGAUGCUGGGCUCUAUGUGUGCAUCAUUUCCAAUGGGAGGACAGAACGUCGACAGAUCGAGUUGAGGAUCAAAGAAACCCCUGGAUCUACUGUUGCCCAGGGAUCAAGAAGGCUAUGGAGCCAUGGAGGAUUAGGUACAGGAACUAGUGGUGGACAGCCGCAUAUCUCUUCUGAGCAUUCUCAUGUAACAUACAGGUUAAAAAUGUACAAGAACGACCCUUCGGUGGUUGAUGCCAACAUUGGUGAACGAGUCAGACUACCUUGCCGUGUAGAGGCUUCACCUUCUCUAAACAUUGAGUGGCAGAAGGAUGGACAGCCCAUCUCUUCCUCCAGGCACAAGCAGCAGUCGGAUGGGGCCAUGGUCAUCAGUCGUCUUGCAGCAGAAGACGCUGGCUUCUUUACCUGUAUUGCUUCCAAUGGUCGGGACCAGGAUCAGAAAAGAAUCCAGCUCAGACCUAGAGGAGAGCUGAGAAUCACUGGCCUGCUGCCCAGCCUCUCUGUGUCGGAGGGAGGGGAUGCCGAGCUUCGGUGUGUGGUGGAAGGCAGCAAUGUGAACAUAAGAUGGUCAAGGAAUGGGGUUCCGGUGAGAGCGGACAGUCAUCGCAUACAGCUGCCUCAGGAUGGAAGCCUGCUCCUGAGCAACGUGCAGAUCAGUGACGAGGGGUCCUAUACCUGCAAUGCUUACAGUGGCAGCAAUUCUGUCAGUGCCAGUACAGAUGUGAAAGUGAUCAGGAGGAGAACAGAAGUGCCUGCAGCUGUUCCUGUGGACCCAAGUCGUGAAUGUGUUGACCAACCCCAUCUGGCUAACUGUGACCUGAUCCUACAGGCCCAACUCUGUAGCAAUGAAUAUUAUUCCAGCUUCUGCUGUGCCAGCUGUGCGCGCUAUCGUGGCUGAAGCUCUGCCUCUCUUCCAUUUGAUGCUGCUCCAGAAGAAAGAAGCUUAUAAUCCAGAAAUGAUUUUAAUGGAAGCAAUCUCCAAUUUGAUUACUCAAGCACAUACAUGGGGAAGUCAGGAUACAGACAGAAAGCAGCUAGAACAGUUGGCAAAAGCCUUCCGUAAGUUUUUUUGCAGUAGAAAGACCUGGUUGUAUAAAAUCAGCUAUGAUACGUUCAUUUCUCUCACAAGCAAUAUGGACCGGUCAAAAGAAAGAGAAAAAGACACCUUAGCCUAUAAACACAUAAAAUAAAGCAGGGGCCUUGCCUUUUCCAGAAGAUUAGAACCAUAUUUGUGAAAUCUGGCAUGCUGACCUUAAAUAUUUUUCCUACAACUACACCAUGCUUUUCAGAUUUCCAAGCAGACAAGAGGAUUUGUUCCACAGCAAAUACAGAAUUUGAAAAGAGUCCUGCACUUUAGAUACCAUUGAGCUACUUCUACUUCUUAAGAUGUAUCUAUGAAACUUCUAUGUUUCUUCUAUGGCCACCUUACUGAAAAUAAGCCCGCUGAACAUUGGGGAAUUUCUAGUUCAAUCACCAACAUGUUUACUUACAAAAUCUCAAGAAGAAAAUAGACCUGUUGUGCAAGUUCCAGAAUUCUUCAGACUCAUGAAUACCACUGUACGAGGUUUUCUUCUAAAAUCUUGGCAGGCCAAGGUCUGCAUCUUUGUUUAUCUUCCGGUUAAUCACUAUCAGAUAAGCUUAAUAUGUACUGUGUAAGGAUGAGCUCUGAGACCAAGCAGGGUCAUGUCAGGUAAUGGGAGAUCUUACCUCAAAGUUCAAAGCAGUCAUUUUUACUGACCUUCUGUAAGCAGAUUCUGCGGUUGGGGACUGAUGGUAGAAAGGAGCAGAGAUCCCAAACUAAAUGCAAGAGGGGAAAGGAAUGCUACCCAGCAUGUACUUCAGUAAUUUUAUGUGAAACACAACACACUUUUGGGAAUCCCAAAAUAAAAGUCAUUAACCAUGAGAAAGAAACAGGGAUAAGUUCAGAUCCUACUCUUUUUAUUCACAGAAGAAAACUGUUGAUCUAAAGCUUACCCUUUCUGACUGAGCUUUUAUAAUUGAAUUAAUAAGGAUGUGACAUGAAAAUCCCUAGUGUUAUUUGCUUACAUUAACUUUCCUUUCUACAAAAAGAAGCAGCACCAGUGGCGUGACCUAGAAGUGCUGCCUUAGGCGCCAGUCUCAAUUCAAAAGAUCCUAUUUGCUGACAAUAGAAGAUACCUUUCCAUUAAUUAAAUAAUCUUGCUACUUAAUAGUCUACAAAACAGUAGGUCAAAAGAGCACUUUGCAAUGCAACAGAACACCAAUAAAUGCUAAGGCUAUGGCUGUCAUGGCAACUACAAGAAAGGCUUCUACCAUAAGAACAAAGGAAGAGGAAACCCCAGCAGAGUUUAUGUGUGUGUUGUGCCACUUUGAGUCUUCCACUGCAGACUGCUCCAAAUAGUAGCUACGAUAUCUACAUCAACCGGGAACUCUACAUAAUAGACAACUACUGACUGUCAGCUUCAGGACUGAGAAAAGUUUUCUCCGCUUUCUCUUCAUCAUUAACUUUCAGGACACACAUUUUACCUGCAGGUGGUCUUCAUUUCCUCAUGUGCAUCAGAAUCUUACACAUCGUCCAAGUGCACACAACCGUCCAGUUUUACUGUUUGCUGUGUUUGUCUGUGACUAACUGCAAUUACAUCCAUAUAACAUAUUAGUUGCUUUUCCUAUGCAAGCAGACUUUAAGAUCCCAGUCCUAAAGUCAAUUCCCAUAUUACCAGCACCAGAGGCAUGUUCUCUUGGCUGUCAUGUGAUAAAAAUGUGUUCUGCGGAAACGUUUAUACGCACAACUACUGUAAACUAUUGUAUCCACAAAAGAUUAAAUCGGGCCUUUCCAUGUUAUUGCUA